CUCAACAACGAGAAACCUGUUCCCUGCCUUCGGUUUCCUUGACUCGACUUGGAGUGUCAUCUGAAAUACGAAGAACUACUUUCGAACAUUCCGUGGCAAGCACUACCGUGAAUACUUCUCGUAGGUAAAAAAAAAUUUGGUGGACCUCUUCUCCGUCGAAUAUCAUGCCCCCGGGUCACCAGACACCCGAAUAAACUUAACCGAGUGACCAGUGUUGAAUUUUAUGUGAUUUUGUGGAACUUUUUUAGUGAAAAAUAUAUUUAACGAUGCCUUGUUCAGCUGUUACUCUCAGUUUGGCUACUAUUACCUCCAUCAUCGCCGUAGCUCUUCUAGCGAUUGCUUUUACAACGGAUAAUUGGUUGUAUAUCGAAGUUAAAAGAUCCAAUAUACAGGCUUUUCUGAGUAAACAUUCAGAUGUUCAAAGUCAAGCUCUUUUAGAAAGCGUAAAUUCCAAAUAUUUCUAUUACACCAGAACAAAAGGACUUUUCAGGAUAUGUUAUCCAAAAGAGAGGCCACCAUUGGUAAAAACGUAUUUGAGUCCGCUAGAAACCCAUUGCAAUAAUGUUAACUACUAUAUUCCCGAUGAAAAUAAUGAUACGAGAGAUUUUACGGAAGACGCUUGGACUAGAUUACAUAUGGGUCGUUCCAUGAUAGCUUUAUUCAUCCUUUCGUUUGUAGCAGUUUUUGCGGCUUUUUGUACAGGUGUCACGGGAUGUUGGAAACGUUCGCCCGGGAAUAUUACAGCUACGGCCAUACUCAUGUUAUUAGCGUGCCUUUUAAGUGCCGGUGCUAUGGGUCUUUGGCACGGUGUUGAGUACUACGAAAAAGAAAAACAAGUAGGGGAAGAAUAUUACCAACAGUGGAAUAGCGUUUUGCGCGACAACACGCGUGUCAACUACGAUUGGAGUUAUAUGGUAGCGUGGGUUGGUGUCGGGUGGUCGCUGGUCGCGGCCAUUUUAUUUUCCGGAGCUGCCAUGUGCCUGCGAGGGGAACGGGAACGCGAGGAGGCUAUCAACAUGCAGUAUCUAAUGCCUGGUAACUUAAUAUGGCGAUGGGAUCAUUUUUCUUUUCAUAAGAGCACUGACACGAGUUUAUUGCUUUUUUUCGAAAUAGUAACAUUUGAAAUUUACUUUUCCCCGAUCGACCCUAAAUACGUAAAAUAUUUCGUUACAAUAACAAAUAUUUGAAGUUUUUAUUUACCCCUAUCGCUCCUAAAUACGUAAAAUUUUUCGAAAUAGUAACAUGUGAAAUUUACAUUUCCCCGAUCGGCCCUAAAUACGUAAAAUAUUUCGAUACUAUAACAAACAUUUGAAGUUUACAUUUACCCCUAUCGCCCCUAAAUACGUAAAAAAAUAUUCAUAUUAAUAACAGCGAAAUUUUAUAGUUUAUUUACUGUACUAUAAUUAUUCCUGGACUAUUUUUAUAUCCAGUGUUAUAAAAAAGAAGAAGAAUCAUCGAGUUGAAAUGAAAGCUGCAGGUUCUCUGUUGUAUACAUAUUCAAAUAAAGUAGAAAUAUUAAUAAUUGUAUAAAAAUCUGAUUUUUUAAAGAAAAAAUCUUGUUUCACUUGUUUCAGUAGCUCUUAUUCAUUAUAACUUUCCUUUUUUGUAAAUAUAUUUCCGAAAUAAACGCUUUAUUGCUUUUUUUUACUAUUAAAUAAUUAAUCAAAUUUAACAUUUCUAAUUUCUCAGUGUACAUAAAAAGGUAUUAUGAACCUAAAAGGUGACUGUUCAAAUUUUUUCUUCAAACUAACCUCAAAUUUCAAACUUUUUUUUUUGGUAAACAAUUUUCCAAAUACGGUUCGUCUAUUAUAGAUUCAAAAAAUUGAUGCACGUCGAAAAUGACAGUUUUCAAAGUUUCUUUAUUAUUUACUGAUUCUCCUAAUACUAUUUAUCGAUAAAAUCAUAAUAUUUCACGCCAAGUUUACAAUUUUUUGGGGAAAUUACGUUGUAAACAUUGGCAACCGUGUCGUAUCGAUAUUCGUUUUUGUCAAAUUCAUCGUAAAAAUAAGUAAAUUAUGUCAGAAAAUAGAUAAUCAGUAAUUUUCGUAACUAUUUCAAUGGAAUCUUGUUUUAUAAAUCAAUGGCUUCAAAUUUGGACAUUUUUAAAUAAAUACUACUCACAAAAUUUAACUUUCCAUUGGUUGUAUUGAAAAUAAUCAAUAUCAUUGAACAAUCGGAAAAAAUUACAACGUGGCAACUAUGUAAAUUAUCUCUCAUGUAGUUUUAAGAACUUGUAGUAACAGCUGUUUAUUUCUCAUAUAAUUUUCACAUACAAUUAAAAUCAGAUGAAAUUUAUAAUCAUUUUAAAAAAAAUAUAAUUUACUAAUAAUAUUAAUAUUUCCCAGCAUUAAUUAAUUAGAAUUCGUAUUCAAGUCAUAGUAUUUGUUUCACAUUUCCUUUGUCUCCGUAUUAUUUUGUAAAGCCGGCAACGUCGAAUAAAAGUUUUUUCUUCUUUUUUAUCAGCUGUCAGGGUUUUUAUUAGUUUUUUAGACUCGUUCUAUGGCGUGCAUCAAUGUAAAAAGUUCCGCGUUCCUAUCAAGUACUUUUAUGAAUGAUUCUUCUUUAAAAACAAAUAUUUAUUUAUACGUAUUGAAAAAGUUUAAUUUUUUAAUGGCUUGACAAACAUCGUAUAUAGCUAUGAACAUUACAUAAUGCUAAUUAUUUUAUUAUGAACUAUCUAAUUGCUUUUUAUUAAUUGAAUUAAUUAUUUAGUUGAAAGCCUUGAACAACGUUAUAACUUUUACUACUUACCUUACAACCCACCUGUAAAUAACAAUAAUUUUCUGUUUAUUAACCAGUGGUAUGUAAUUUUUAUCUAUUGUUCGAGUGAAAAGAAAAAAAUAAUUAUUAAAAUCAGUGAGUGGAUAUUGGGAUUGAGACACGUAUAGCACGUGUGAGGUAAUACAUGACGUGUCCCGUGUAGUUCAGACACAGUUUGCCGUGCCACACGUCUAGGUGACUAUCAAGCAAUUUCUUAAUUUUUUUAAGAAAAACACAUGAAGAAUCGGAUAUUGCAAAUGAUUCUAAUUCAGAACUUGAGUUCAAUAAUAACAAUAAUUGUCGAAAAUGUCGGCUAGUCACGAAAUGCCAAUCAAAUCAAAACCCCACCGUUUCCUAUUUGAAAGUGCGUGUUUCAAUAUGCGCAUCACGUGUACGAGUCGUGUCACGCCACCUCACACACUUUUAGAGACUAUAAGACAGAUAUUUUACACAGUUGCCACGUUUUAAUUUGUUUCCGAUGAUUCAAUGACAUGAAUCGAUUAUAUUUAAUUAUGAAAAGUUGAAUUUUGUGAAUGGUAUUUAUUUAAAAAUAUCCAAAUUUGAAUCCAUUAAUUUAUGAAACAGUAUUCCAUUAAUAUAGUUAUGAAAAUUACUGAUUAUCUAUUUUCUGACACAAUUUACUGAUUUUUACAAUGAAUUUGACAACAACGAAUAUCGAUACGGCACGGUUGCCAAUGUUUACAACGUAAUUUCCCUAAAAAUUGUAAACUUAUUCUAGGUCGAAAUGAAUAAUAACGAAAAACAUAUAAAAAGGUUUAAAUAAAAUUGAUUUUAUUUAAAUAUAUU